UCUGAGUGGAAGUGGGUGCAGGUACCAAUAAAAACUACGUGCCCGCAGGCCUGGAUCUAGCCUGUCUGAUGGGGGCAGAGGAUGGGAGGUCAGCAGGGCACAGGACAGGGGUCACUGCUAGCAGCGCAGAGGACAGGGGUCACUGCUGGCAGGGCACAGGACAGGGGUCACUGCUGGCAGGGCACAGGACAGGGGUCACUGCUGGCAGGGCACAGGACAGGGGUCACUGCUGGCAGGGCACAGGACAGGGGUCACUGCUGGCAGGGCACAGGACAGGGGUCACUGCUGGCAGGGCACAGGACAGGGGUCACUGCUGGCAGGGCACAGGACAGGGGUCACUGCUGGCAGGGCACAGAGGACAGGGGUCACUGCUGGCAGGGCAGAGGACAGGGGUCACUGCUGGCAGGGCAGAGGACAGGGGUCACUGCUAGCAGGGCAGAGGACAGGGGUCACUGCUGGCAGGGCAGAGGACAGGGGUCACUGCUAGCAGGGCAGAGGACAGGGGUCACUGCUGGCAAGGCACAGGACAGGGGUCACUGCUGGCAGGGCAGAGGACAGGAAUCACAG